AUGACUCUCCGACGGAGAAUUCAAUGUGCUAUGGAUCGGUUUUACAACCAUUGCCUUGCUAAGAGUACUGUGCUUCAAUUGGACGAAAGGAAGUAUAUUGAUUUUGAGAAAGUGGAAAUUAAAUUGGAGAUUAAAGAGGUUGAGAAAGAGAAGAGUGUUCAAGAUGUAAGUGAGAAAGGGGUGAGAGGCAAAUUGGUUCCAAACUGA